GUCCAGGAGUGUGGGUCUGGUGUCCAGUUCCCAUAGGAGAUAUUGAAGAUGGCAAUAGGGUUGCACUUCAUCUUCAGCUCCAGGGAUUUUAUCCUUCUCUUGGACAUCACUGGAAUACAGAGGGGGAAAAAAAAACUCCUCCAGUGUUGUUUCCUGCAAAGACCAUUCUUAAGAGCUCGUUGGACAGCUCAGGACUCUUGAAGUGAUAGCUAAUUGGUGAAAGAAAGGCCCUGAUUGUCUUGAGGGAACUGGAAAGUGCUGCGUGUGCUGCUGAAAGGGACUAGGGAGAAGGUGCCUGGUUUCGCUGAGCAGCUGCUGCUGGAGAUGUUUGGAGAUUACAUCAGCAUUGGAAAAGAGGGGCCAAAAAAAAAAGUCCAACUUCACAGAGACGGAGUUUAUGGAGGUUUUUUUCCUCCUUCCAAAGGUCUUCUGACAAUACUGUCAUUGUCAAUAUAAGAGUUGUUAAUUCUUUAUGAAUAGCACAUGGGGCCUCUUGACUAAAUAGUACGUUACAUGUCCCAAAUCUGUCAGCUGGACUCUUCUCUCACAUGCUAGUGAGAUCACUUUGAUUGGAAUGUUAGAGGAAUUGCUGGGCUGGCCGUGCAGAACUGAAUACUGCAUUAUAUAAUUAGAUCUCCCAGAGUAUUUCUUUUCACAUUACCUCUUUAUUCUAGCUUAAAUAUGGAAUCAUUCCUUUUGAUGACUUUACUGGUUGUAAUUAUAUUAAUACGAUUCAUUUUGUGGUCCUGUCUUAGUGCUUAUAUAGAUUAUAAACUGUCCCAAAGGUUUCCUGGCACAAAAAAAGAGGACUAAGAGACUUCAAAAGGCUCGUUCAGCUUUGAAUUGACAAUGGGGAGAGCUGGGUAAGGUAAACGGAGCUAGAGCAGCUUUUACCUUGGGAUCUGAUGAGAGAGAAAUGACCUGCUGAGACUGCAGCUGAGUGAAGAUCCUUCAGAAAGCCUUAUGCUGACAGAGGGGAAGGAAUGUCAACUGAUUGAGUCAAAUGACUUCCUAUCCAACUUGGGCAUGAAUUUGCUGUUGGGAACAGACUUGUGGACUUCUGCCAAUUAAAUGAUGUGGACAAGCAGGAAGGAACCCUCUUGCUGGGCAGUCCAAGAGUGCUCAGUGUCCACAUGCCAUGCUGUGGGCUGGCAGGAGUGGAUUUUUACCUGGCUGGCUGAUUUGUUACCAAAUUCCUCAUGGCUCUUCCCAGCCAGUCAGCUCGGAAUUCCUCUUCAGCACCAGCAAUGGGUGGGGUGACGAUGCGAGUGAGUUUUGAUACCAAAGCCCUGCAAGUGACCUUCAUGCCUAGCCUGAUACAGGCACCCUACUAGGACACCGGAGGAUUUGACUACUUGCCCAAGGACAAAGUGACUUGGGAUUUCUUGGUUUAACUUACCUGGCAAAAGCAAGUAAAUUUUUUCAAAUGAACUGUCUUCUUUAAAAUAGGUGUUAAAUUAAGUCAAACAACCUGAAUCUUACUGCAACUCAGUGUAAUACUGUCUUUUAAGAGCUGAAUUUUUUACAGUAAAUAUGGGAAAAUUGUAUUACCUUGCCCAAGAAAUGCACUAUCCUUGGCCUAGUCACUCUUUGAAUUUUUUUUUAAGAACCCUUCUUUUUCUUUCAUCAUUUUCUAUCUCAUGUGAAAGGGAUGAUUACCACUUCAUAUACUUAUUUUUAUAUCUCUCAGUAGCUCACGUGAUGAUAUCAGAGUUCAACUAGGUAAAAGCCUACAGUAUUCCCAUACAGAGCUUCUGGCCCAUUCAUGACUCACAUACUCCUACAGGCUUGUCAUUAGUAAGUGCUCAUCAGCCCUUGUAAUUUUGUCUUUAAGAGCCUCCUAAAAAUCACACAUGAGAUCUGGUAUGUGCUUAGGCAGUGAAGCAGGGUAAAUGUCAGGCCAAUUGAUUUCAGCAUCAGAUUUUAUUUAUGGUGGAUGAUCAUUCUACAAAACAGCCUGUAAUGCUUGAAGGUGCAUGUCAUGAGCUUGAAAUCCUGACAGGCAACAAUAAAUUAUAUGUAGAUGUAACUGACUCCUUGUCUGUUUCUCUGAUUCUUAAUUUUAAUGAUGGUUCUGUCCAUUUUUUGUUUCUCCAACACCAGCAAACCACAAGAGGAAAGUGAAAUGUUGUCUACUUGAUGUGCCGACAUACCUUUUAUGAUGAGUAACUGGAAAAAUAGUGACAGUGUUCCAUUUUUCUUCUUUCAGUUAAUCAUUGCUAUUCUGAGCUGUUGUGUGCAAAACAAAGCUUGUGGAGAAAUUGAUAGUGCCUUUAAGAAAUAAAUCUUCUCAUUCUUUAUUUCAAUCCUAUGGAAAUUGCAUUUGACAGUGUACUGUUUUUAUAAUUGUUUAAAAGUGUGGAUGUAAUGAGAAGCCAGACAGGUGAAGUUGUGGUUUACUGCCUUUAACGUUUGGGGAUAUUGGAACUGAUACCAGUGUGGAAUUCACAACUUUCAUUUUUUUUAUCCCUGCAGGGCAGCGUUUCAAGUUUUCCCUGUAAAUUAGAGCUUGUGGUCUUGUUAUGGACCAUACCCUAUGGACUGGAUCCAUUGGUAUUUAUGUACCUAAAACAUUUGAUUUGGACCUUAUUUUAGUCAUGUGAGUUGCACUCUAAUUAUAAGAGUGGUCUGGCCAAAUAUUAUUUGGCAUAAUAUUGCUCUAUAUC